CUCCCCAGCCCGAGCGGCCGGGACUCGCCUUUCAAAUUGAUCGUUCUGUUCCACCGGCACAUAUCUGUCUUCUAAGACUAUAGUUUUCGGAAUGGUGAAGUGUCACAAAUAAAUAUAUUAAAAUGUCCUGUUUCGGUGGUAGCGUAUUAAUUCCCGAUUAAGUGAAGUGAAAAAGUUUUUAUUUUUUUAUUUUGGGGUGAUUAUGUGACUGGAAGUGAACAUUUAACCACCACCAUGCUGCCCACUAAUGUUAUGUCCUUCAUGAAGAAGAUGGUGGCAACAGAAGAUACGACAGUUCCGGGUCAAAUAGAGUCACCCGGUACUUUCGGCAAACUGCGACAGACGUUAUCGUCUUCACUCCUAACAGCACAAGACAAAGUAACAAAGCUCGGACCGCGGACGGUAGUGACGGAAAGCGCACCGGAGCCUGCGCCCGCACCGCCACCCGUCCAGCAAACACCUGCCGUUACACAACCGACCAAGACUGAACGUGAGGCAGGUAAAGCACCAUCACGUGCAGGUGCUUGCCGCGUCUGCCUCAAAGCGUUAAAACCAGGCGAAGUAUUUCAUAUAUGCAAUGGCUGUCAGCAUCGAGUGUGCGAAGACUGUUCGUCAUAUUCAAAACCAGCCAGUGAUGAUGAGGCGAGUUCGUGGCGGUGUUCAGUUUGCCGUCGCAAGGCUGGCCCAAGAUUACCACCAGCGGCUCAAGAUAGCACAGAUUCGCUUCUCGAUGUUCCCGUACUCGAAGCUUUGCAGCGACGUCAUUCUGAAGCAAGACUCGGCAGCGGCGGAUCAAGCAGCGGUCUUGCGCCCCCUCGCUCGCCCGAAUUGCGCCGACAUUCAGAUGUGUCUCCUGCAUCAUUAAAGGAACUAGAAAAGUUAAAGGGCGGCGGCAGCGCGACGCCGAAUGUGGAAUCCCGGCGACCGAGCACUGCUACUCCUGCGCGGCGACGCUCUGUGCGAGCGCCAACACCACGUCAACGGUCUGUUGACGAAGACAAGAACUCUCCUGCAUCCGCGCUUGUCGCACCACCCCCCAUGUCUAGGAGGGCAUCGGCAGUUGAUGUGGUAGCUGGUGCAGGAUCACGGCGAAGUUCUUAUCGUGCUGAUAUAGAUACAGCUGACUCUACACCACAAAUCAGCGGUUUAAGCGUUGACGAAGACCGACCAAUUAGACGACGAGGCAGUCAACUUCCGGACAUUGCCGCAUUGCAACAGAGAACCGGUGCGCUAAGUGCUAUGGCAGCUUUAACUUCUCGUGGUUCUGAUGCGUCAGAGGCCACUAGCGCUGCAAAUAUAGCAGCAGCAGCUGCUGCAGCUGCAGCAGCUGCACGCCAAAUGUCUGUCGAUGCAGAGGCUAUUAAAAUCGUUAUACAUGACGUUGACGACCGAUCGCCGAGACGAGUCUCAUUGCGACGAGACCCAAACGACAAAGGACAUCGAUCGCGGGGCUUUGGCAUGCGAGUUGUAGGAGGGAAACCUGACGCAAGUGGACGACGAGAAGCAGUUAUUGUGUGGACCGUGCCUGGUGGCCCAGCCGAUGCCGCAGGACUACAACAGGGCGAUAAGGUAUUGGAAUGGGGUGGAGUUCCGUUAACGGAGCGUAGUUUCGAGGAAGUAUGUGCGGUGCUAGAGCGCAGCGGCGACAGCGUGGAGCUGUUAGUGGAGCCUGCUCCGCAACUCGAUGAGCCGCCCGCUCCGCCAUCUCUCACCUCGCACCAUCAUCAUGCUCUAUAUGAACCAGAAACGGACAAAUCGCCGUCAUCACCGACGCGAAGGAAAUUGCCGAAAACCCCGGAACAAGACCGCGCAGAACGCGCUCGCGAGCGUCCACCAGCGCGUGCACAGUUACAAGUUUGGUUCGAAAAUGAAAUACGAAAGCUCGUCGUAGUUCUCAUCGCGGCCGAUGAUCUUCCACCUCGAGAUCACACUUUGGGUUAUGGUGAUGAGCCUGAAGCGUUCGCAAGAAUACGCCUUUUGCCAUCUCUUGAGAGUUGUCCACCUGUGGAGACAGAUCCGGCAUCUGCUUCGUGCACUCCAGUAUGGAACGCUACGCUUGGUUUCGGCGGCCUCACUGCAGACCUAUUGGCAGGCCGCGCACUUGAACUGACACUUUGGGACGCUUGCCCAGGCAUCGACCCUGUUCUUAUUGGUGAAUGUACGAUGGAACUGGAAAAAGCAUUUGCAGAUGAGCGUGCAGUGUGGUGGACGCUCGAAGAACGCGGUACUCGUUCGGCUAACGCUUCACCACGUGGCUCACUCACAGGAGCACGUGCGUUACGCCGAGGAGAUUUCGCUUCCCAACGAUCCAUUUCAGAUGAUGUGGACUCAAUCGGCGAGUGCGCAUCUUUACUUCAUCCGGACCAUGCCUGGGUGGCCGGUUCCCGACGAGGGUCUUCACAAUCAGAGACGUUGGAAGUAGAAGUUUAUCAACUUGGAAAAGACUUCUCACGAUCGUUACCUGGAUCACGACGCUCCUCUUUUCAACAACAAGAUAAAGACGGAGGUGGUGAGCCCUCGGUGUGCUCCCGACGUAGCGAACGUCGUCGCUCGUCGUGCGUACGGCGCGACCCCGACGACAUCCUGCGCUCGCUGCGCGCUGUCAAAGGCGAACUCGGGCGCACGCUCUCGUUGUCCGGCUCCACUGCCAGGCGAACAGCAACAGGGCGCAAGGGCAGCAUGUGGGCAGCGGUUCCAGCGGCAGCAGCCUGCGAUGCCGUGGCGGAUGACGACGAGGUCCCACUGGGCCCGGGGCAGCUGCCACCACGGAACGCGCAUUUACCGCCGCUACAUGCUGAGAUUAACCUCAGCAUUAUCAUGAUCAAGGGACAGCUAGAACUCGAGGUAUCUCAUGCGCGUCGAGUGUACGGAGUUAACGGUGAGGUACCGGAUUCGUAUGUCAAGUGUUACCUUCGUGACGGCGAAAAGUGGUUGCAUAAACGCAAAACAAGAGUUAUACGACGCACCACCGAGCCUCACUUCAAACAAACGCUGAAAUAUCAGGCGAGCGAAUCUCUUGGACGCACACUGGUAGUGAUGCUUUGGCAACGCUGUGGAGGUUUCGAGCACAACCUUGCCCUUGGUGGAGCGGAGAUCUGCCUCGAUAAACUAACAUUGCCGCAGAGAACAUACGGCUGGUACCCACUAUUCCCGGCCACGUCGCUAGCUGCCGACGAGUCGCCCGACUGAUCCCGUGAGCCGUCGCCGGAGCGCCGCUACGACAACUAGCGCCUCCACGACGGCUCCACUCUACUUGUCCCUUGUAAUGUUAUCAACACAUGUACAGGCCGAUGUUGCUGCCCUAUGCUACCUGCCGAAACGGAUACGAUUGAACUC